AGAGGAAGAGCUGCAGUUUUUCGUUUCUGCAGCAGGGCAGCCUGUUCAAGUGAGCGUUCUGGAAGAUUGAACCGUUGGAUCGUCCUGAAAUUUGGACAGUGGGUUCGCGAUUCUCUGGGCUUCAUUCUGACCGGAGGGAUCGUCAUUCUGAGGUCUAGUUCGUCGGAAUCGCUCCUGGACAGAAGGUGUACGAAUCUGUCUUUUGGUAUCUCUAAACCUCUCUUUGCCUUGCUCUUGUUCUUGUUAUCCACCAUGUUGGUGAGAGCUAUUGUGGUUGAUUGUUGAUCCAAGAAGGGUGUUCUUGAGGUGUUUGUAAUCCUCUAGCUAGUCUAGAGAGGACUUGUAAUCCCACCAAAGUCUAGUGGAGUUGUGGCUUGGACAAAGGUCCUGUGGUUUUUCCCGAUUUGGGUUUUCCACGUAAAAAUCGUGUGUCUUGUGCAUUCUAUUCUUGCUUGUGGUUGCUGCCCGGUUUCUCAACAGAAGAAACAGCCGGAGAUGAUGGCGACGACGACGAGCUAGCUUGGACAACGCCGACAUGUCCUGGGUGGCAUCGACGUUGGGGAUUGAUUCGAACUGGAAGCGACUGGUGAGGCCUUCUAAGACGGCGGGUCGUGAGUUUCAUUCAGGGCGGAGAAUUUCGCCAGGGCCGGGGAGAAGAAGACGAGACGGCGGCGCUGAGUUUUGAUUAAGGUGGCGAUUUGGGUAAGG